AAAAAAAACCCCAAACAAGUGGCUAUGUAGAUGUAUUAACCUGUGUUAGUACUAUAUGAUGUAGAUCACUGAUAAGCACACCGCGAAGACACACGACCACUUGCAACACAGCCAUCUGAAAAGAACUGGGCUUCUUCCAUUAAACCUAACUGAAGUGCAAAUGAUAGGGUUUAGGCUGGGGACUCUUAUUUUGAUAUGCUUGCAUAGCUAGGUGGACAAGGGAGUACAUCAGAUGUCAUUAUCUGGCAGCAGAUAAAAGUCCUUGGUCUUAUAAUACUAAGCAGAGUGCUACUAUGAUUACAGUCCGUGUCAGGGAAUGACUAUCCCUUCCGCAAAAUAUUGGUUAAAGCCCAGGUGACAACUUCUGUAGGAAUAAUCCACAUCAAGACAGCCCCUUUCCAUCGAGGUAGGGAUUCCAUUCUACCCAGGAACCUAGCCAAGAAAGUUUUUGUGGCCUAUCAUCUAAUUUUUACCAGCCACCAACCCAAAGCCCACUGUCACCUACAAAAAGCCAGGACAAUUACGAAACCUCCCCUAUGAGUGUCAGUAAUCUCCCAUCCAGGUCCUCUGUGUACCAACCAAGCAUGUUUAACUACGAGCGUCCAAAACAUUUUAUCCAGUCUCAGAAUACGUGUCAAGGGAAACUGCAGCCUCCGGGACCCAAGACAUCUGCAUUUUCAAGCAGUCAGACCAAACAGUCAUCAAUUCUAAUCCAGCCUCGUAAUGCUAGCGAGCAGAAGUUUUCUUCAUCUUCAUCGCUGAGCUCCCCAAUCUUUCUCUCCUCGUCUUCCCAUAGCUCCCAUAAGGAAUCUGCAUUUCCCAUCACACCUGCAUCUGCACCGUCUCCUGCUGCUUCCUCAUCUGGGCAAAGGCUUUCAUCCAUGCAUAACCAGUCCCCUGCAGCAUUCCUCUGCUCAGUGUUGCCCUCGCAGUCUGAUUAUAAUAGCCAAGCUCCUUCUACUGUGGAAUCUAAUUACUCAAAGCCAAUGUAUACCAAACAAGCUAGCACCAAGCCAACAUAUAAGACCUCAGAUCGAGAGAUACAAGGAACAAAAGAAGCCCUCAUUCAAGACCUGGAAAGGAAACUGCGAGGCAAAGACAACCUUCUUCAUAAUGGCAACCAGCGGCUAACCUAUGAAGAGAGAAUGGCUCGCAGGCUGCUUGGACCAGAAAAUGCUGCUUCUGUGCUUGUAACUCAAAAUGAAGAAAAUUUGCAGAACUCACAGCAGAAUUCAGAAAACACAAGACUACAGGUUCCUACGCCACAAAACAGGAGCAGACCAUCCUCAAGAGGGGAGUGGAAGGAGCAUGGCUCAAUCCAGGAGAAGUUUUUUCAACCACGUUUUGUCCAAGUGCCUGAAGACAAAAUGACUGUUGAAGAGGGACGAUUUUGCAGGAUUGACUUCAAAGUCAGUGGGCUACCAGCUCCAGAUCUGGUAUGGUAUUUAAAUGGAAGGUUGGUCCACCCAGAUGACUUUCAUAAAAUGAUAGUGUCUGAAAAGGGCUUUUACUCACUCAUUUUUGAAGUGGUCAGAGGCUCUGAUGCAGGGACAUAUGAAUGUGUAGCCUCCAAUCGUGCUGGAGAAGCCUCCUUUACAGUACAACUGGAUGUAACUGGUAAGAUAUAUAGCGGUGAUGGCUACCUGGAAAUCUUUAUUCUCCAACUGUGUGCGCCCAAAAGUGUAAAGGUCUUUCAGACACAGGAAGAAAGGCAUUAGAAAUGUAUCAGGAUGUCUGCUUUUAGUUUUGAACUCUUCUACUUCAUGAUCUCCAUGUUUAAGAACUACAGUGGAAAAAUUCUUUAUACCAAAUGUGGGGCUUGGGAAAAAUGAAUCAACUUGGGAUGGGAUUUUUCCAAAGUUCUCAGCAUUGAUUCCAGUGGGAGCAGAGCUAGGCCAAUGUUAAAACGCCCAUUGACUUCAAUGAGAGCACAGAGUUAAGCCAGUGCUGAGAACUCUUGAAAAUUCCUCCUUGGCUGUUUAUUUAGUCAGUUUCAUAUAUGGGAACUGUAAAAUUAAUAUAUAUUUACAAAAUACAGAGAUAUGAUCAUCCAUACCACACUCAUUUUCCAAAGUUAUUUAUAAACUAAUAACAUUUGAACAUGUUGAAGGAAGAGAUUAAUUUUUCAGAAGAUAUCUUUACCUCUAGGACAAAUGUGCAUUCCAGGCAAGACAAGUGGUGAAAUUCUAGCCCUGCUGAAGCAACAGCAAAGUUCUCAUUGGGUGAAAUCCUAGCCCCAUUGAAAUCAAAGACGAUUUGGGCUCACUUAAGCCCCAAUCAUGAAAAAUCUUAUUCACAUGAGUAGUCUUCACUCAUGCAAAAAGUCUCACUGAGCAUUGAUCUGUGGCCUUAUUUAUGUCAGCAUGGAUUACUGCUUUCUUCAUUUGUGUGGGGUUGAGAGUGCUUUUAAAGC